AUGGUUUCUUCCCCUAUUAGUGAUUCAGGGCAUUUAGAUUUCAUAGCUCCAGAAAUGGAUAAUGGAGAAUCCACCGUGGCGAUUUCCAAAGGUCCAUCGCUCAUGGUGCUGCAAGCUGGACGACUUGGUUGGUCAAUUUCUUGGCAGCGGUGUCGAGAUAUUCAGAAGAUUGUGUUUGGUAAAAUAAUUCCUAUAUGGGUGAAGUUGUGGGGUACUCCUAUGCAAUUAUUAAGUAGAGAGGGGCUUAGCCGUAUUGCAAGUGCUAGUGGGGUUCCUUUAUUCAUGGACACAGCAACUCAAUACUCGAAAAUAAUUUCUUUUGCUAAGGUGUGUGUUCAAGUUGAUAUCACUACAAAAUUACUUGAUGAUAUCAAGGUUGAUAUGGAUGGUAAAUCUCAAAUAUUGAGCCUUCGCCACACUCCUGAUAACUGCCCUUGCAUCAGGAGCCAAGAUUGUCUUGAAGGUAUGAUAUUAGCCCCUACUGAGGACCAUAAGCAGGAGUGGGUUGCUAAGAAAAUUUCAGAAGUGAUUUUUGAGAAGCCAAAUGUCAAUAAGGGCAAGGAAAUUGAUAAGAACCCACAACCAAACAGAGAAGAAAUAGAGAGAGGAAUGGUAGAAGAAUGUAGAGAAUGA